CGAUAGAUCUCCGAGCUGACCAGCCCAACUCCCCCCACUCCGGCAGAAGGCAACAGAGGGUUAGGGUUCCGGCCGCCGGAGCAAAUCACACGGAGGAGCAGAGCCAGCAGUCGAGAGAGAAGCGAGAUGAGCGGGAGCGCGUUCAACGCCUUCAAGUCGCGCGUGCCGGUGGCGUGGAGCCCGAAGCUGUACAUCACGCUUGUGCGCGGGCUGCCCGGGACGCGCAAGCUCCACCGCCGCACCCUGGAGGCCAUGCGCCUCCGCCGCUGCCACCGCACCGUCGAGCACCGCACCACGCCCUCCCUCCUUGGCAUGCUCACCCAGGUCAAGCGCCUCGUCGUCGUCGAGACCGAGGAGAUGUACAACGCGCGGAAGCAGGCCGACGAGCAGCGCCGCGCGCUCAGGCCCCCGCUCGUCGUCUCGCACGCCCCGCCGCCCAAGCCGGCCGCCGCCGCGCCGGAGGGCGCCGGGCAGUAGUCGCCUCCGGGCAUCAGAGUCAUCACAAGCUCUGGUUGUGUUGAUCAACUGAGCCGUCGUUUCACUUGCUGGAGGCCGCCUCUUGGCUUCAGAUUUCUAGU